AUGUCUCAACCUGGCAGCUCAACAGCGGCUCCCGUCUCCGAAAAUCUGUCGGCUGACGGAACAGCUUCCAUCACCUGGUCGCCGGUCGGUCUGUUGGCGUGUCUGUCCGCCAGCAGCCUUUUAUCCGGGUGCUGCUCAGUCACCCCGUCCCCCUUCUUCACGCACGAGGCACACCGACGCGGUCUGACCAACUCGGCUUCCAGCGCCGUCUUCAGCUCCUUCGCGGCCGCUCAGAUGUUGUCGUUUCCCGCAGCCGGCUGGCUGGCACCGAGACUCGGUGUGACGAGGCUAUUCACCCUCGGUCUGCUGCUGUCUGGAGUUACCACGGUGCUGUUUGGUCUGCUCACUUACGUCGAAUAUCCAUCUACGUUCCUAGCCUGGUGUGUGACAGUGCGCGUCGCCGAGGCCGUCGGAACCUCCGCCAGUCUGACGGCAUCUCGAACCAUCAUUAUCAACCAGUUUCCGCGUCGUAUGAACUCGGCCAUCAGCCUGGUGGAAGGGAUGUAUGGAGGAGGUCUGUGUCUGGGACCGGCGCUCGGUGGCGCCAUGUACUCCGCCGGAGGGUACGGGGCGCCGUUCUACACUCUUGGUGCACUGAUUUUGAUCACCGCCGCCGUAAGUCUGCUCCUGAUGCCGUCAGUGACGGAUCGACCGGACGAGAAGGAAACAUGUGCCAAUACAAAGGAAGGGUGCGUCAAGACAAGUGAAGAAUACGCCAAGACGAAGGAAAGUUGCGCCAAGACGGAGAAAGGGAGCGCCAAAAUUAGAGAAGAUGACGCCAAGACAAAAGAACAGUGCGCCAAGCUGAAGGAAGGUUACGUCAAGAAGACCGAAGACGAGCUGGAAAGAAGCGAUGGAAAUCAAGAGUACCGCGCGAUGCUACGUCUCGUGCUCUCAUCAGCAGACAACUGGCUGAUUUGUGUCACUCUCUUCGUCACCGCUCUCAACUGGACGUCUAUGGACCCCAACAUUGAACCGUACGUUCACGGAGCCCUUGGCAUUCAGCCGGCCGAACUGAGCCUCUUCUUCUUGGGCUCUUUCGCCGGUUAUGCGCUCUCCAGCCCGGUAUGGGGACGGCUUUCAGACACUGUCGAUAACACGUUUCUCUUCCUGGCCGCCUGUCUGGCGCCUACCGCUCUUGGCGUGCUGCUGAUUCCUCCGUCACCGAUAUUCGGUCUCCAGCCGUCGCGGCUGCUACUCGGUGUGGGGAUGACGCUGCGCGAGGUGUUCCAAGUCGGCGCCUACAUGCCUCUCUUACCGCUGAUGGUGCGUCUGUCCGUCGUCCGCGGGCUGCAGAGCACCGUGCGCGGCCAGGCGCUGGUGUCGUCAAUCUGCGGGGCGGCCUACUCGAUGGGUAACGUGCUCGGACCGGUGGGCGGUGGACUGGUUACAGACCUCUGGGGUUACCCAGUGCUGGCCACCGGGCUCGGAGGUGUCACCGCCGUCCUCUGUGUCGCCAUGGCGGUACGAGGGGUGGUGUACUGCGCCACCAGGCAGGCGCCGGCGUAUGAUAUGCUGUGA